UGGCCACGCUCCCUACUGCAGAGAGGAGGGCGUUCGCCCUGAAAAUCAACAGGUAUUCUUCAGCAGAAAUAAGAAAGCUAUUUACUCUUCCAUCCAACCUUGGGCAGCACCAUCAGCGAAGCGUAAGUUCCCCUGCCUUUUCCUCUCUUCAACUGCCUCCAUUUUAUGAUCCUGUGGAGCCUUUGGAUUUUGAAGGAUUUCUGAUGACUCAACUGAACACCCUGGAUGCAGACCUUGUACAAGAACUUGGUGACUUCACAGAAGAUGACUUGGAUGUUGUUUUGACACCAAAGGAAUGUAGGACCAUACAGCCUUCAUUGCCAGAAGAAGGGGUAGAAUUGGAUCCCCACGUCAGGGAUUGUGUUCAGACAUAUAUUCGGGAAUGGCUGAUUGUGAACCGAAAAAACCAAGGCAGUUCAGAAACCUGUGGCUUCAGAAAAACCGGUUCCCGAAAAGACUUCCACAAGACACUGCAGAGACAAACAUUUGAGUCAGAAUCCUUGGAAAACAAUGAAUCCAGUUCUCAGGCAGGCCCAAAACCCUGCGGAGUGCUCUGUGUCAGUUCUGGGAGAGCCAACCUCACUUCCUGUGACUUUGACCUCCGUAGCCUCCAGCCUGACCAGCGGCUGGAGAAUCUCUUGCAGUAUGUCAGCUUAGAAGACUUUGAAAGGCAAAAUGAAGAAGCCCGGAGGACCAACAGGCAGGCUGAGCUCUUUGCCCUCUACCCAUCAGUGGAUGAGGAGGACGCUGUGGAAAUCCGCCCGGUACCAGAAUGCCCGAAGGAACACCUGGGGAACCGAAUUUUAGUCAAACUGCACAUGCUGAAGUUUGAGAUAGAAAUUGAACCACUAUUUGCAAGCAUCGCCCUGUAUGACGUCAAAGAGCGAAAAAAGAUCUCAGAAAACUUUCACUGUGACCUGAAUUCUGAUCAGUUCAAAGGAUUCUUACGAGCUUAUACACCUUCCGUUGCCCCAUCUAGUCUGGCAAGAUCUGCAGUAUUCUCAGUCACCUAUCCAUCUUCGGAUAUCUACUUGGUAGUUAAGAUUGAAAAAGUCCUCCAACAGGGAGAGAUUGGAGACUGUGCCGAACCUUAUGUAGUUAUCAAAGAGAGUGAUGGUGGGAAGAGUAAAGAAAAGGUUGAGAAAUUGAAAAAUCAAGCAGAAUCCUUCUGCCAACGUUUGGGAAAAUAUCGGAUGCCUUUCGCCUGGGUGCCCAUAAGCUUGUCAAGUUUCUUUAGUGUUUCAACACUUGAAAGGGAGAUCACUGAGCUGGAAGCCAUGAAUGGGAAAGGUUCCGUUGGUGAGAGGAAGACAAUAGCCGGCUCUAGAAGACCUUCUGAGAGAAGCAUCAACUUGGAUGACAGCAGCAUCGGAUCUGGUUUUAAGGCUACUCCAAUAACUGUCAACACCUUUUUCAAACAGGAAGGAGAUCGCCUUAGUGAUGAAGACUUAUUCAAGUUUUUAGCAGAUUACAAAAGAUCUUCAUCCUUGCAGAGAAGAGUCAAGUCAAUACCAGGUUCACUUAAAUUGGAGAUUUCACCAGCUCCAGAAGUUCUUAGUUCUUGUCUGACUCCUGAGUUGUUACCAGUGAAGGCCUUUUCUGAAAAUCGCUCUCGUCAGCACCGAGAGAUCCUGGAAUUCCCAAUUCGAGAAGUGUACGUCCCCCAUACCAUCUACAGAAAUCUUCUCUAUGUCUACCCGCAGCGACUGAAUUUUGCUAACAAGCUGACAUCGGCAAGAAACAUUACAAUCAAGAUACAGUUUAUGUGUGGGGAAGAUCGUGCAUUGCCGGUCAUCUUUGGAAAAUCAAGUGGGCCAGAAUUUCUGCAAGAAGUGUACACAGCCGUCACAUACCAUAACAAGUCUCCAGACUUUUAUGAAGAAGUGAAAAUUAAACUCCCAGCUAAACUCACAGUCAAUCACCAUCUACUGUUCACAUUUUAUCAUAUCAGUUGCCAGCAGAAGCAAGGAGCUUGUGUUGAAACCAUCUUGGGGUAUUCAUGGCUGCCAAUUCUCUUAAAUGAGCGUCUCCAAAUUGGACCUUUCUGUCUUCCUGUGGCCUUAGAUAAACUGCCACCCAACUACUCGAUGCAUUCUCCAGAGAAAAUCCCUUCCCAGAAUCCCCCCAUUAAAUGGGCUGAUGGACACAAGGGGGUAUUUAACAUUGAACUGCAGGCUGUAUCAUCUGUUCACACCCAGGAAAAUCACCUAGAAAAGUUCUUCACUCUGUGCCACUCUCUGGAAAACCAAGUCACAUUUCCCAUCCGAGUGCUGGAUCAUAAGAUCACAGAAGCUACCCUGGAGCAUGAGUUGAAGCUCAGCAUAAUCUGCCUGAACUCCUCCUGCCUUGAACCCCUGGUACUCUUUCUGCAUCUGGUGCUGGACAAGCUAUUUCAGCUCUCAGUGCAGCCCAUGAUCAUUGCAGGGCAAACAGCUAACCUCUCCCAGUUUGCCUUUGAAUCCGUGGUUGCAAUAGCAAACAGCCUUCACAACAGCAAAGACUUGAGCAAGGACCAGCAUGGGAGGAACUGUCUCCUGGCUUCCUACGUGUACUAUGUUUUCCGCCUUCCCGAAGUCCAAAGAGAGAUAGCAAAGCCAGCCGGGAAUACCCCUCAUCCAGAUUCUCGCUAUAACACUUUCGGACGCACCUCUGCUGCCACCGUGGGCUCCAAACUUCUGCAGACACGCGUGAUGAGCUGCAGCAAUCCGGAUAUCGCUGCCGGAUACACCUCUGCUGAUGAGGAAGUCAAAACUAUCAUGUCUUCCAAGGUUGCUGACCGCAGCUGCAAUCGCAUGUCUUACUAUUGCCAAGGCAACUCUGAUACCCCAAGUUCCACUGCAGUUCCCAGACCAGCCAGCAAAAAGCACUUCCAUGAGGAACUUGCACUGCAGAUGGUGGUCAGCACUGGCAUGGUGAGAGAAAACGUCUUCAAGUAUGCCUGGUUCUUCUUUGAGCUUUUGGUGAAGAGCAUGGCCCAGUAUGUCCAGAAUAUGGACAAACGAGAAAAUCUUCGGAGAACUCGCUUUUCAGAUCGUUUCAAAGAUGACAUCACCACCAUCGUUAAUGUAGUCACCUCAGAGAUAGCGGCCCUUUUAGUAAAGCCCCAGAAGGAAAAUGAACAAGCUGAAAAGAUCAACAUCAGUCUGGCUUUCUUCCUGUAUGAUCUUCUUUCUCUCAUGGAUCGUGGCUUUGUGUUCAACCUCAUUAAACAUUACUGUAAUCAGCUGUCGGCCAAACUUAAUACCCUCCCUACCCUGAUUUCCAUGAGGCUGGAGUUCCUGCGAAUCCUCUGCAGCCAUGAACAUUACCUGAAUCUGAAUCUCUUCUUCAUGACCUCAGACACUGCGCCAGCAUCCCCCUGUCCCUCCAUCUCAUCCCAGAAUUCAAGUUCCUGCUCCAGUUUCCAAGACCAGAAGAUUGCCAGCAUGUUUGACCUUUCACCGGACUUUCGACAGCAGCAUUUUCUGACGGGGCUUCUCUUUACUGAAUUGACUGCUGCCCUUGAUGCUGAGGGGGAAGGGAUCAGUAAAGUACAGAGGAAAGCGAUCAGUGCCAUCCACAGCCUGUUGAGUUCUCAUGACCUGGACCUACGCUGUAUGAAACGAGAGGUGAAGGUCAAAAUUGCAGUCCUAUACCUCCCUUUGGUUGGUAUCAUUCUGGAUGCCCUGCCACAGCUCUAUGACUUCACAGUUUCAGAUGCCCGUGGAGGAAAAAGUCGUCCAGGUGGUUCAGAUGAAGAACAAGAUGGUGGCAACGCAAUCAACCAGAAUGUGGCCUUGGCCAUUGCCGGGAACCAGUUCAACCUGCUUAAGACGAGCGGCACAACUCUGGCUUCCCUGCCAUACAAGCAGUACAAUAUGCUAAGUCCAGACACCACUCGCAACUUGAUGAUCUGCUUCCUUUGGAUCAUGAAAAAUGCUGACGAGAGUCUCAUUCGGAAGUGGAUUGCAGACCUUCCAUCCAUGCAACUCAACAGGAUUCUUGACCUUCUGUUCAUCUGCGUCUCUUGCUUUGAGUACAAGGGAAAACAAAGUUCUGACAAAGUCAGUACCCAAGUGCUUCAGAAAUCAAGAGAUGUAAAAGCCCGGCUAGAGGAGGCUUUAUUGAGAGGUGAAGGUGCCAGAGGUGAAAUGAUGAAACGCUGUAGGACACCAGCAGGGAAUGACCGGUUUCCAGGACUAAAUGAAAACUUGAGAUGGAGGAAAGAGCAGACACAUUGGCGGCAAGCUAACGAGAAGCUAGAUAAAUCCAAGGCUGAGUUAGAUCAAGAAGCCCUGAUUAGUGGAAACCUGGCCACAGAAGCAAAUUUAAUCAUCUUGGAUGUGCAGGAAACGAUUAUCCAGGCGAGCUCAGCUCUGGAUUGUAAAGACAACCUGCUGGGAGGGGUCCUGAGGGUCCUAGUGAACUCCCUGAGCUGCGAUCAGAGCACCACCUAUCUGACUCAUUGCUUCGCGACACUCCGAGCUCUCAUUGCCAAGUUUGGCGACUUGCUGUUUGAGGAGGAAGUGGAGCAGUGUGCUGACCUGUGCCAAAGAGUGCUACAUCACUGCAGCAGCAGCAUAGAUAUCACCCGUAGCCAGGCCUGUGCCACCCUCUACCUCCUGAUGAGAUUCAGUUUCGGCGCCAUCAAUAAUUUUGCAAGAGUGAAGAUGCAAGUAACGAUGUCAUUGGCAUCUCUGGUUGGUAAAGCGUCUGACUUUAAUGAAGAAUAUCUCAGGAGAUCCUUAAGAACUAUUUUGGCAUAUGCUGAGGAAGAUGUGGAUAUGCAGCCAACUCCCUUCCCUGUCCAGGUGGAAGAGUUGCUCUGUAAUUUGAACAGCAUCUUGUCUGACACAGUGAAGAUGAGGGAAUUUCAGGAAGAUCCAGAGAUGCUUAUGGAUCUCAUGUAUAGAAUCGCCAAGGGAUACCAGACGUCCCCUGACUUGAGACUAACUUGGCUCCAGAAUAUGGCUGAAAAACAUUCCAAGAAGAAGUGCUACACUGAGGCAGCCAUGUGCCUGGUCCAUGCCGCGGCUCUGGUGGCAGAAUACCUGAGCAUGUUAGAGGAUCACAGCUACCUACCAGUGGGAAGUGUCAGUUUUCAGAAUAUUUCUUCCAAUGUUUUGGAGGAAUCUGCGGUGUCUGAUGAUAUUUUGUCCCCUGAUGAAGACGGUGUGUGUUCUGGGAGGUAUUUUACUGAAAGUGGCCUGAUAGGACUCUUGGAACAAGCGGCGGAACUCUUCAGCACGGGAGGUUUGUAUGAGACGGUCAAUGAGGUGUACAAACUUGUCAUCCCCAUCCUGGAAGCUCAUCGAGACUUCAGAAAACUGACCUCUACUCAUGACAAGCUGCAAAAGGCCUUUGACAGCAUCAUAAACAAGGGUCACAAGCGAAUGUUUGGAACUUAUUUUCGCGUUGGUUUCUAUGGAUCCAAAUUUGGUGAUUUAGACGAGCAAGAAUUUGUUUACAAAGAGCCUGCAAUUACCAAACUCCCUGAGAUUUCUCACAGACUGGAGGGAUUUUAUGGACAGUGCUUUGGUGCGGAUUCUGUAGAAGUGAUUAAAGACUCUGCUCCUGUAGACAAAACCAAGCUGGAUCCUAACAAGGCCUACAUACAAAUCACUUUUGUGGAGCCAUAUUUCGAUGAGUAUGAGAUGAAAGACAGGGUAACCUACUUUGAGAAGAACUUCAACCUGCGACGCUUCAUGUUCACUACCCCUUUCACCCUGGAGGGGCGGCCUCGGGGGGAGCUGAGUGAGCAGUACAGGAGGAACACUGUCCUGACAACAUUGCAUGCCUUCCCGUACAUCAAAACCCGGAUUAACGUCAUCCAAAAGAAAGAGUUUAUUCUAACCCCAAUCGAAGUGGCCAUUGAAGACAUGCAGAAGAAGACCCUAGAAUUGGCCGUGGCCACUCAUCAGGAACCACCUGAUGCCAAGAUGCUUCAAAUGGUGCUGCAAGGUUCAGUGGGAGCUACUGUGAAUCAGGGGCCACUAGAGGUAGCCCAAGUGUUCUUGGCCGAAAUUCCAGCUGACCCAAAACUUUACCGACAUCACAACAAGCUGAGAUUAUGUUUUAAGGAAUUCAUAAUGAGAUGCGGUGAGGCAGUGGAGAAAAACAAGCGUCUCAUUACCACAGACCAGAGGGAGUAUCAGCAAGAACUGAAAAAGAACUACAACAAGCUGAAGGAGAAUCUCAGGCCGAUGAUCGAGCGUAAAAUCCCUGAGCUUUACAAGCCGGUCUUCAGGGUCUCUGGUGAAAAGAGGGACUCUUUCCACAGAUCUAGUUUCAGGAAAUAUGAAACCCAGGGAUCCCAGAGCACCUAAAGGAAGGAGGAAGAUUGCCCUCGCCCAGGCAAUGAAGGGUGAGGCCUUCAUUGAGACCUUGCAGUGCAGCAGUUGAGACGGUGCUCCUGGUCUUCACAAAUUGGGACAAUCUCCACUGAGGGCAGUACACACACUCCCAGACGGGCAGGUUUCUGUGAGCUGGAAGAUCCAAUGUCUGGGGCAAGAGUUGGUUGAGGAAACCAGCCCGAAUCUAUUCCAUUCUGACUUUGGUGGGUGAAGUAGGCAGGGAAAGGGCCCGGAGAUGUGAGAGCAGAGAGCUGGCUUUGUCUGUCGGCUUAUGUAUUUAUUGAAGCAUGUUUUUCCACAGGAUUGUACAAAACGAAACAUUCCAAAAACAGCUUUUCCUGCUGAAUGGCCAAUCACUGUUUACCCAGAGGGCAGACUUCCUCUCAUUUAGUUGGAGGUGUUAACAGGAUAAACCCAAGACAAGAUGAUAAAGGUUGCCCAAAGGCCUUCAGUUUUUAAGAGUAUAUUUCACUCACUUCCAGAUAAACAAGCAACAAUGACACAAAACAAUAAACAACAGGGAUUUUUCUGUCUCAUCUGAAGUCUGAAAACUGGGAGUCGUUGCUCAUUUGCCAAUAUGGCGGCGGAGGGGAAUAGGUUAUGCAAUUAAUAUUCCUUGAUUAGUUAAGUGUACAUACAGUUACUUGUCCUUAGAUUGUUAGCUCCUUGAGGGCCAGGGAUUGUAUCCAAUUCCCACCUGUGUGCUCCUUCC